AAUGUCCAUGAAACCCAUUGGAGCUCCGACCCGACCCGAAUAUUAGAUAGCCAGGUACCACUGGGUGAAGCAGUAGGGGCACCCACGUACAACACUCUAACUUUCGCUGCAUUUUGGGGAGAGUCUUCCCUUCCUCCCAUCUCUCGACUGCUUUGCUUUCUCAGCUAUAACAGUCUCCUGUAGAAUACCAAACCCUGUCAAUCUCAGCUUACUAGAACAAGAAGGAGGCCAAGAAGAAGUAGAAGAUGGGGACAUUGGGGAAAGCAGUUUACACCGUUGGAUUUUGGAUCCGAGAAACCGGCCAAGCCCUUGAUCGUCUCGGUUGUCGCCUUCAAGGAAAUUAUUACUUUCAAGAACAGUUAUCAAGGCAUCGGACACUCAUGAACGUAUUUGACAAAGCUCCUACAGUGGACAAGGAUGCCUUUGUGGCCCCAAGUGCAUCCAUUAUCGGUGAUGUUAGUGUGGGCCGAGGUUCUUCCAUAUGGUAUGGGUGUGUUUUAAGAGGUGAUGUUAACAGCAUCAGUGUUGGAUCUGGAACCAACAUCCAAGAUAACUCUCUUGUUCAUGUAGCAAAAUCUAAUUUAAGUGGGAAGGUUUUACCAACUAUUAUUGGAGACAAUGUUACUGUUGGUCAUAGUGCUGUCUUACAUGGAUGCACUGUUGAGGAUGAGGCCUUUGUUGGUAUGGGGGCAACCUUGUUAGAUGGCGUUUUUGUUGAAAAGCACGCCAUGGUUGCUGCUGGAACUCUUGUUAGGCAGAAUACCAGGAUACCCUGCGGAGAGGUUUCUAUAACAGUCUCCUGUAGAAUACCAAACCCUGUCAAUCUCAGCUUACUAGAACAAGAAGGAGGCCAAGAAGAAGUAGAAGAUGGGGACAUUGGGGAAAGCAGUUUACACCGUUGGAUUUUGGAUCCGAGAAACCGGCCAAGCCCUUGA